GCGUGCGCGAGACCGUGGUUAGCUUGAGCUCUGCGGAAACCUACCAAUGAGAGGAGCCGCGUGCAGCGCAACAGCCGACGCCGUGAGGGGAGCAGGGGCGGGCUCGAGCCGAGGGGCUGCUCCGGAGGGACUGGGCUGGCGUGAGUGCCGGGGACACACCAGUCCUGAGCGCCCAGCUCCACGCUGCGGAGCCGAGUUUCCCGUGUGAACGGGGCCAGGCCGACCCGCACUAACUCCCUGGUCGCAGCCGUGAGCAGGAGCCGAUCUGCCGUUGCCCUGGGGCUGAGGGGCCGCGCUGAGAAACAGCCUGAGAUUUAUGGACAGAGGUCAUGUUGGAAGCCUGCUAUACAGUUUUUCUUUUCUUUUUCUGCUAUCAAGUUGCCUCAGCAGAAGUUUACAGAGAAGGACAUUAUGUUGCUGCUGUGUACGAACAUCGACCCAUACUGAGUACUAACCCAGAAACCCUGAUUGAUCGACGCUCUGCAUUAGAGUUGAUGAGCAGAAACCUAUAUAUAUAUGAAGAGCAAGUAAUAGCUGCAGCCAAACAGGGGGCACAGAUCAUUGUAUUUCCUGAAGAUGGAAUCCAUGGCUUCAACUUCACUAGAGAGACCAUUUACCCUUAUUUGGAGUUUGUUCCAUGUCCCCAGUCUGUGAAAUGGAAUCCAUGCAGAGAGCCACAUCUGUUCAGCGAUACAGAGGUUCUUCAGCGACUGAGCUGCAUGGCACUGAGGAGCAAAAUGUUUCUAGUGGCAAACAUAGGAGCUAAGCAACCUUGCGAGUAUAAUGAUCCUCUCUGCCCACCUGAUGGGAGAUACCAGUUUAAUACUGAUGUGGUAUUCAACGCCAAUGGUACUCUGGUAGCCAGAUACCGCAAACAAAACCUGUAUUUUGAAUAUGCUUUCAAUACACCUCCAGAGGUUGAUCAUGUGCUUUUUGAUACACCUUUUGCUGGCAAGUUUGGCAUGUUCACUUGUUUUGAUAUACUCUUCUAUGAGCCUGCGGUAAGUCUUGUCAAGGAAUACAAUGUGAAGCAGGUUGUGUAUCCAACUGCAUGGAUGAACCAGCUCCCACUCCUGUCUGCUGUAGAAUUUCAACAAGCUUUUGCAACUGCUUUUAAUAUCAAUGUUUUGGCAGCUAAUAUCCACCACCCUGCACUGGGUAUGACAGGUAGUGGCAUAUACACGCCAUUAAAGUCUUUCAUAUACCAUGACAUGGAAAGUCAUGAUGGCAAACUUAUAGUAGCAGAGAUCUCUGUGAUGACACCAGAGCAUGAACCCCAACUGGAGAGCAAUGCAAGACCCAGAAAGAGCAUUGAAUACCCCCACAACAAUUUUGCAAGUCUUCACAUAUAUGAUCAGGUUUGCAAUAAGAAGGAACAAAAGGCCCACUGCUGGGUAGCAGAAAAGGAAGACAAAGAAGUCCCUCUGAUAUUUUACAGGGAGAUGAUGUAUGACAAUUUCACUUUGGUUCCUGUAAGGGGAACUAAAGGGGAGCUCCAGGUUUGUGCCAACACCCUCUGUUGUUAUUUAAAUUACCAGAGACCUACUAUAUCUGAUGAAUUGUAUGCUUUGGGUGUCUUUGAUGGGCUUCAUACAGUCCAUGGCACAUACUAUGUUCAGGUUUGUGCCUUAGUGAAGUGUGGUGGCCUCAGCUAUAGCACCUGUGGGCAGGAGGUCACAGAUGCCACUGCUUUGAUAGAUUUUGAGCUGGGGGGAAAUUUUAGUACUACCUAUAUCUUUCCUCUACUGCUUAUGUCUGGUAUUAACCUAGACUUCACUGAUCACUUGGGUUGGAAAAACAACUACUAUUUCAUGAACAAAAGUGGACUAUCCUCUGGUCUAGUGACAGCUGCUUUGUAUGGACGAUGGUAUGAGAGGGACUAGUGCAGAUUUGACCAGAUAUCAAGUGCCAAAAUUUUCAAGCUAGGCUCCUAAAAUAAAUGGCCUUCUUUUCAGAGGUGCUGAACACCCGCAACUUUUAGGACUUCAAUUAUGUAUGCUUAGAACAUGACUAUUAUUAGACUUCCAAGUUUGAAAAUAUUGACCAAAGUGCUUUAUCCAACGAAUAGGCCAUGAUCUGUACCUUGCUACUAUUUCAACUACCAACAGCAAUAAGCCCUUAGGAAGAAAGGGUUAUCAGUGUAAAAUGUGACAAAAUGUUUUAUAUUAUGACAAUAUAGUACUCAGUUGGACUCACCAUGCUCUGUUUAUCUUAAAAGGUGAUAAAAAGGCAACUAAGUAAUUCCUUGGGUCCCCUUUUUGUGUAUCUUAAAAUUUGAAUAUUCAGUUAUAAAAUAGCUUCCCACUUAGACUUUUGUUUUUGUCAUUAAUAUUGAUCAUUCUACCUCUGGAUUAAAAAAACCCACCGUUAUUUCUAUUUUAAUUUCUGCACAGAUUAUUGAUGAGAUCAAUCUAGAUGAAGAUGACUAAAAAAUGCCCACAGCAUGAUGCAUAAAAAGUAAACCCUGUUAUAAAAAGCAA